AUGACAACUCCUUAUCCGAAUAAUACACCCUAUGGACAAUAUAAUCCAAAUGCUCCCCCACAGUAUCCGGGUCCCCAUUAUACUCAACAGCCUGGAUAUCAACCUUAUCAACCUGGUUAUCCACAACAACCGGGUUAUCCUCAACAACCUUAUCCUCAAUACCCUCAACAGCCGUAUCAACCCUAUCCUCAACAUAAUCCCCAGGUGGUAGUUGUCCCACGCGAACAACAGCGUGAUAGCGGUGGUGGAAGUGGGCAAUGUUGUCUUGUUGCCAUGUUGGCUUGUUGCGCCGGAUGUUGCUUAGCAGAUUGCUGUGACUGA